GCCAUGAUUUUCCAUUACCAUUUAUUUACAUGCCCUUCGCCACGGCUUCGAUUUUCACAGAACAGAAUCCAAUCUUUGUUGAAUUCAAACCCUACGAAGUCAAAGUCGAGACUUCCACUAUGAUCGCGAGGUAACAAGCCGAAUUCUUUGUAGGAGACUUCGGAUUCCGGCGAUAAUGCCGGCGGAAAGUUCGGAACGGCUGCCCGCCGGAUGGACUGUCCAGUUCAAAGCUCAGAAGAAUGGGCGCAAAAAAAAGUGUUACAUGAAUCGAGGAACUGGUCAAAAAUUCUUUUCCAAAGAGGAUCUGCUUCGAUAUAUUAAAGUGGAAAGAACUCUUCAUGACCCUAAACCUUCUAUCAGCUGCAGCAGAAGACCCACAGAAAAUAGUGAUAUUAAACUGAGAAUUCCAAAACCUAUUAGUGGCCACAGCAGAAGGCCCUCAAAAAAUAGUGAUAUUAAAUUGAAAGUUCCUAAACCUAUUAGUGACUCUGGCAGAAGGCACUCAGAAAAUAGUAAUAUUAAACCUGUGGCAAAUGAAAAUGAACAUCCUGACUGGUUACCUGAUGGCUGGGUUGUGGACUUGAAAACCCGAAAGAGUGGUGUCCAUAUUGGAAGUUCAUACAAGAUUUACAGUGAUCCAUUGACAGGGUGUAAAUUCUUUUCAAAACCAGAGGUGGUCCGUUAUCUCAAAUCUGCAAAGUGCAAAAGUUGCUCAUCAAAGCAGAAGGAAACAUGCAAUCUUGAAUCUGCAAAGCUCAAAAGUUGCUCCUCCAAGCAGAAGAAAACACGCAAAAAAACGUGUUCUGCUAGCAAAGUUGUGGUUGAGAAAUCUAUUGUGGCUGAUUUACCACCAGGGUGGAUUAAGGAAACAAAAAUUAGAAAGAGUGCAUUUGGAAUUAGAAAAGAUCCGUAUUAUGUGGAUCCAGUUACUGGAUAUGUGUUCCGCUCCAAAAAGGAUGUAUUCCGCUAUCUUGAACAUGGGGAGAUUAGUAGACAUGCAUUUAAACCAUCUAAAAGGGAUGCCCAUGAUCUAGAAGCCUCACCAUUGCCGGCUGCCAAAAGGCAGAAAUUGGAGCAUUCUGCAACCAGGAGACAACUUUUUCCAGCUAAGGAGAGUUCUGAAGCUUGCAGCUCUGCAGUUCCAGAAGCAGAGGCCUUGAAGAAAAGGCAAGGGAAGAGGAUUUCUGCUGAAACUGGUCUUGCUGGAACUGCCUCAGCUGAGAUUUCCCCAGAGAAAAUGGUGACUGUAGAGGACGCUGAAGCCAAGAGAACCUCUAGUUUUGGCUAUUCAGUGCACUCAAAACCUAAAGUUUCCAAGGGAGUUGAAGGCAACAUAACUUUCUCUGAUAAUGGGCCAGUUUCAACUCCUCCUACUGAUACUCUGCAAGGAAAGAAUUCACUUGAUUGUGGGAUAGAAUGCAGCAGAGGAAAAUCUCUGAAGAAUUCCAACAAAUCUGAAGAUAAGAAAAAGCUUAGCUUGCCUCGUAGGACUUCAAAAAGACUUGCUGGGCAUGAACCUGAGCUGGUGGUUGAUAAUGUCUCCAUUGAACAUGUUUGUAAGAAGAAAACUGCAGAAUCUUGCAAAAGUGAAGCCAUUUCAACUGUAGAUUUGACUUCCAAUGGGUUGGCUGCUGAAGUAUCAAAGAAUCUCAAUGCUGGCCCUAUAAUAAAUAUGGCAAAUUGUGUGUCUUCUGAAGUAAACAAUUCAUCAAAGGAAGCACAAUCACAGAAGAUCAAACCUUUGAGGAACAAAGUUAUUCCAGGACAGCAAAUGCAAAAGAUGGAAUCUACUAAAAGUAAUGAUGACAAGUCAGAAUCAAAUUUAUCCUUCCCCUAUUCUCAGCUUGAUUCAUGCUUAGAAUUUGCAUUUAAGACCGUGACUGGUGAAAUACCAGUUGAUGGUAUAACUGAUAACAAACCUGUUUCAACUCCUGCUGCUGAUAUUCUGCAAGGGAAGAGAUUAGAGCUGACUAACAUGGAGACGUGUAGUGCCAAAAAUGUUGAGAGUAACUCAAUCAAAUCCAAGAAGAAGAAAGAACUUAACUUGCCACGUCGAUCUUCAAAAAGACUUGCUGGCUUUGAGCCUGAGCUGGUACCUGAUUCAACAGUCAGUGAACGAGCACUCUUCAAUGCAACCAGAAAGUUUAAAGUGAGUGAGGCCGCAGCAGAUGCAGGCUUGUAUCCAAGUAGUCUGGAAGAUGGCGUAUCCCAUUGCCUUGAUGCCAGACAUAUAACAACACUUGCACACCAUGCUGACAUAAACUUUCCAUUGCCUGAACAAUCAUCAACCAUGACUGAGAACCCUCUUGAACUCCAAUCUGUUUCUGAAAGGCAAUCCCAACAGGCAAAUAAUGAUAAGUCAGAGGGGCAACAUCAGCAGUUGAAAAAUGUGAAGCCAGAGUGGCAACCUCAGCAGUGCGAAAAUGAGAAUCUAAAGUGGCUGCCUCAGCAGAUGGAGAAUGAAAUGCCAGAGGGGCAGGCUCAGCAGAUGGAAAAUGAAAAUUCCGUAAAGCAGCCUCAGCAGGUCCAAAAUAAGAAAAUGAAUAACGAAAAUUCAGAGUCACAUCCUGUAUUUCCAUUUGAGGAUCCUUGGUCGGAUCCCUGCGUGGAAUUUGCAUUUAAGACACUCACAGGUGCAAUACCUGUAGAUGACAAUUUGGCAAUUCAUGAUUACUUCCAGCAUCAGCUUUACGCAUCUCAGAUUCAGACAGUCAGUAAACCUGACCUGCCUGAUUUAAGCAUGCACAGCUUUUCUCAAACUGAUGUUUCAUUCCAGUUUGAUGUAGCAGAAAAACAAACGACCACCCAACAGCAGUUUUCCGUAACUCCAUUGCGACCCUCGGGCAAUGUAAGCUUACCAAGUUUUAGUAGCAUUACAGCCCAACAACCAAGCUUAGAAGGGAAUAAAGAAGUACCUGGGGUGUUGAAGUCCUAAUUUGAGGUGAUUAUCUUUUUCACUAAAUGCAUGCUAAUUAUCUUUAGCCAUUAGUGAUUAAUGUACUUCCUGAAACAAUCACCUCAAUUGUUUUUGGGUUUUCAUGGUCUCAUGUAAUUAAAACCAAACUCUAUAAGCGGAAAGCGAGAGUAACUGUUGAAGCCUCCAUUUUUGUAUGGUUUUGUUCAGUAAAUAUAGAGGCCAAAAGCUUUAUGAAUUUCA